AUGGUCAAUUUUACUAUCGUCAACGGGCAAGUCUACACGCCGGGAUUAGCGAUUGUUGACGCACCGCAACCCAACACCCCACUGGGAGGAGGCGAGUGGGCCUUUAUACUUCACUUCACCCAACAUAUACUAACCAAACCCUCAGAUAACCUCCAAGUCGCGAUCGACGUCUCAGGAAAUGGAAAACUUCCAUGGCCACCAAGCCAAUCUGAGUCAUCCACCCAAUUCCACAGCAUAACCCUAUUCUUGACCUCCGAGUCUCAAUCGCACAAUUUCACCAUCUCCAACGGGACAAAGCCCGCCUCAAACACCAGCUAUGCCUACCCAGUUCUGGAUCUGGAGCCAUCAUCCACCGUCAAACAUGUGAACUGGAUCUGGCCCGAAUGCCUCGUCGGCGAUGGAUCGGGCUCGAAGGAUUCAGCGCGCGGCGCAUACAAUAUCUCGAUGCACCAAGCUUUCCGCUGGAAUGACACGGAUUACUACACUGUGUUUGAUCUUCCGAUUUCCGUGACCAAUAGUAUUUCCAAGAGCGAUGAUCGGAUAGACUGCGCUUUGCUUGAAAAUGAGCUUCUUACUGCGGCGGAAAUCGAGGAAAGCUCGGAUACGCUGCCUGGUCAGCCGUGGGUUGAGGGUGUUAGCACUACUUCAAGUUCAGAUGCUACUCAGACCGGUGUGGGGUCUCGGUGUCACUCAGGUUUUAAGAGACUUGUUGGAGCGGCAUUUGCUAUGACUGCUCUGUUGAAUUUGUUGGCGUGA